AUGAAUUUAAAUAUAAAAAGAAACAUAUUUCAAUUAGGUAAUAUCACCCCAAUUGUAGAAAAAGCUGUUCAAGUUGCAUUAAAAAAUUUAAAACUUAAUACUGAUUUACAAGCAAUUAAAGAUGCAAUUAAUAAAAUUGAUAAUAAAGAGAUUAAAAAUCUUAUUAAUUCUAAAACAGAUAAAAUAUUACAAAAAUUUAGUGAUGUUCAGGUACCUGUUCCAAUUGAUACUGCUGAUGCAGAAGAAAGUUUAUGA